GUUUCUGGUUGCGGGACAUCACCGUGUUGUUGUGUUUUGUCGAGUGAAAACUGCGAUUGUAGCCGGGGCUGCUGUCCAGGAAGUAGGGCGCUGUGCGCUGGUUCUCUUGCCCAUAUAUGGAAGAGGCGGUGACAGAGCACACCUGGUGGGGAGGCAGCGCAUUUCUAGAGCGACGUCCGGAGCACCGUGGAUCGGUUUUACUGCAGAGAAGGUUCUGGUCCUGCUGGGCUCCAAGUCUGAGCUUCUGCUGCAGCCACAGCAUCUUCUCCAUCCGCAUCCUGAGAGUGGAGGACGGCGAGCCGCCACCAGUCCACGCCGUCAGCGCGUUGUGUCUGUGCCACCUGGCAGGCUCUGAGCGCAGCUCCAGGACCCAGAACAAAGGAGAGGACCUGAAGGAGGCUGGAAACAUCAACGCCUCGCUGCUCAUUCUGGGCAAAUGCAUCAAGGCUCUGCAGCACAACCAGCACACCAGGCUCCUGCAGCACGUCCCAUUAAGGGAGAGCAAGCUGACCCACUACCUGCAGGGCUUCUUCUGCAGCAGCAGCAAGGCCUGCAUGGUGGUCAACGUCAGCCAGUGUGCCUCCAUGUACCACGAGACCCUCAACGUCCUCAAGUUGUUGAGCCUUAAGUUCUGAUAUCCAGUUAGAACAUCAGUUCACUCCCAAACAUUUAGCACUGCUGUCUUUGUAAAAUGAACUGAGCAGCAAUCUAAUCACAACGGGGAAACAGCCAUUAUGUUUUUGACUCAGACGAUUCAUCAGCCUACCUUCCCUAAGAUCACCGCUGCAUGACUGAAGAACUUCCCCUGGAGCCGCAGCACCAGAGCGCUCUGAGGUCUCGGUAGAGCCGCUUGAUGUAGUCAGGAUCCAGCAGAGUGAACGCUGGACUUGCUUUGGCUUGAACGGACAUCAGCCUCCAUGAAUACCAGGUCAUCCAUGUUGCUGUUCAUUAACACUGUGCUAACUUUUCCACUGUGGAGGCUCGCCUUGGUACA